GCUUCUGUGCUCUGCGGCGGUGGGUGGGUCUGACGUGACACCGGAGAGCGAACCCGGUGCUUUGGCUCCAGAGUGUUUUGGCGGUGGCAGGGCCGGAGGUUUGCAGACUCAUGGCGAGGUUUAAUGCAUUCAGAAGGACUAAUAUCAUACUGCAACAUUUGAGAAAGUCCAAGCACAUGGACGUAGAAGGAGACGUACUAUUGGAAAGAAAAGGUUGUGCAGGAGUGAUAACACUGAACAGACCCAAGUUGCUAAAUGCACUGACUCUUAAUAUGAUUCGGCAGAUUUAUCCACAACUAAAGAGGUGGGAACAAGAUCCUGAAACUUUCCUGAUCAUUAUAAAGGGAACUGGAGGAAAGGCCUUCUGUGCUGGGGGUGAUGUCAGAGUGAUCUCAGAAGCUGGAAAGGCAAAAGAGAAGAUGGUUCAAGAUUUCUUCAGAGAAGAAUAUAUGCUGAACAAUGCCAUUGGUAUGUGUGCUCUGCUGUGAGCUUUGAAAAUGGAAUAAAAAAUAAGGUGGACAGUGAUUU